UCUGUGUUCAUGGGUACAACUGAAAGACCCCAGCUUAACAGCAGUAACGCCAUUUUGCAAGGCUGUACUUAAGAUGACUGGUUCAGGGAAAGGUUAGAACACUGAGUACACAGCGGCUGCCAAGCAAGAUAUGUUUGGUUGAAGGCCUGGCAACAGGACGACUUCGGUUGAGCACCUGACAAUGAAAAAAAGCCCCAGGAGAGGUCCCACACCCUGGUGGGGGGCCGAGUCAGUCGUUAUGUUCCAAGAAGGUAGCUAAGAAACUUGCCCCCGGGCUGAACCCUUGGGGGGCCGAGUCAGCCGUUAUGUUUCAGGAAGGUAGCUAGGAAACUUGCCCCCAGGCUAAACCCUUGCCAUAUUAGAAUCCACCAAUUAUAUCCCUGUAACCAUGCAUCUGCUUCUGUAUGCUUGCUUCUGCUCCCCAAAAUCCUAUAAAAGCCCAUCCUUGGUUCCGUGGGGCGCGCCAGUCCCCCGAGUGACUGAAGCGCCCGCAGGUGCCUGUGCCUGUGUAUCCCGACAAUAAACCAAAUCCUCUUGCUGAUUGCAUCCUGUGGUGUCUCGGUCUGGUCUUUGGAGUUAGAGGGUCUCCAUCCCGAGGGAAAGUUCUGCCUGAGAGCUUUUCAUUUGGUGCGUUGGCCGGAAACGAGAUCCUCCACCCAGGGACCACCGACCACCCACUGGGAGGUAAGCCGGCCGGCGUCUGUCUGUCUGUCUGAUUUUGUCUCGUUCUGCCUUAUUCUGUCUGUUCUGUGAGCGCUCAGCCAGGUCUGUUCUGUGAGCGCUCAGCCAGGUCUGUUCUGUGAGCGCUCAGCCAGGUUGUUUGGAAUUUGGGCGGGACGAAGAAGGAGCUGACGAGCUCGGACUUCUCGCCCCGCAGCCCUGGAAGACGUUCCAAGGGUGUUGGGGCCCGACUUUUCGGGGCCCAAUCUGGGAGAGGAGAAAGAUCCGGACUAACGGCACCUCUGUCUGUAUUUUUGGCUUUCAGAGGGCCCCGGACCUUUGCCACCUCCAUCUGACUUUUGCUUUCAGUUUGGUACCAAAGCCGUGCAGCAUGCCUGUCUGUUGUUUGUUUGACUGUUGGUGUUGUUUGUUUUCUCUGUGUUCUAAUCUUCCUUAGAACUAACAUGGGACAGUCCCUAACAAUGCCCCUAAGUCUCACUCUUGAUCAUUGGGAAGACGUCCACGACCGGGCACACAACCAGUCCGUCGAGGUUAAAAAAAAAAAAGGAAAAUGGCAGACUCUCUGCACAUCCGAGUGGCCCACUUUCGGAGCGGGAUGGCCAGUGAAUGGCACAUUUAAUAAGAUCAUUAUUUUACAGGUUAAAGAUUGGGUCGUCCACGGACAUCCUGACCAGGUUUCUUAUAUUAUCACUUGAGAGAGUCUCGCCUUAAACCCCCCCCUGGGCGGAACCCUUCGUGGACCCGAAUUGGCCUCCCCUCAACCCCCAGCCUGUCCCCUCGGCCCCGCCCGGUCCGCCUGCCACGUCUUCCUCUCUCUACCUUUGUGAAAUCAGAGCCUUCUAAGAAACCUGUCCUCCCGGCAGACCCAAACUCCCCUCUCAUAGAUCUUCUCUCUGACAGGCCCGGCUGAAACGGAGGAGGCAGAGCCGCUGGCCAGAUCAGUUGCCGGGCCACAGUCUGAUAAGGGUUUCUCCCCUGUCGCAGGGAGAUUGCGCAAUAAGCGCGAGGUGAUGCCAGAUUCAACCUCCCAGGCUUUCCCACUUAGACAGGGAACCGGUGGCCAGACCCAAUACUGGCCGUUUUCAGCAGCUGACAUUUACAAUUGGAAACAACACAACCCUUCUUUCUCCAAAGAUCCGGUGGCACUCACCGACCUAAUAGAAUCUGUUUUACUUACCCACCAGCCUACUUGGGAUGACUGCCAACAGCUCUUACAGGCCCUCUUAACCUCAGAAAAAAAACAAAGAGUGUUCCUAGAGGCCAGAAAGCAUGUUCUGGGAGAUGAUGGGCGUCCCACCCAGCUGCCUGAGGACCAAACUGGGAUUUUAAUACAGCUGAAGCUUCAGGACAACUCAGCGACCGGACGGCCUGGGUACAAAGAGCUACUGGUGAGAAACAAUACCGAUGGACUACGGACCGCCGGGUUCAGCUGGCUACCGGUAAGGUGACCCAUUCCUUCUUACAUGUUCCGGACUGCCCGUACCCUCUGCUGGGCCGUGACCUGCUCACCAAACUAAAAGCACAAAUUCAUUUUGAGGAAGGAGGGGCCCAAAUAACUGGCCCCCACGGAACUCCCCUUCAAGUUCUAUGAAUAUAGACUAUAUGAACCGGGACAGGACACUGGCUUGGGCAGAGACUGGUGGGAUGGGGUUGGCGCUCCAACAGCCCCCCUUAAUUACAACUCCAGUCUCCAUAAAACAAUACCCCCUGUCACAUGAAGCUUAUCAAGGUAUAAGGCCUCACAUUACGAGGCUUCUAGAUCAAGGCAUCCUAAUCCCCUGCCGGUCGCCUUGGAAUACGCCUCUUCUGCCUGUUAAGAAACCCGGCACUGGAGAUUAUAGGCCAGUACAAGACUUGAGAAAGGUCAACAAGAAGAUAGAAGAUAUUCAUCUGACUGUUCCAAACCCUUACAAUUUGCUCAGUAACUGUUCAUCGAUGAGAAACAGGGGUAUGCUAAAGGGGUCCUAACACAAAGGUUGGGACCCUGAAAACGCCCUGUGGCCUACCUGUCUAAGAAAUUGGACCCUGUGGCCUCCGGCUGGCCACCGUGCCUAAAGAUGGUGGCUGCUAUUGCUGUCCUGAUCAAAGAUGCUAGAAAAUUGACUUUGGGACAGCCACUCACCAUCCUAGCACCCCACGCAGUGGAGGCCUUGGUAAAACAGCCCCCAGACCGCUGGCUCUCUAAUUCCCACAUGACCCACUACCAAGCCUUGUUACUGGAUGCAGAACGGGUUCAGUUUGGGCCCGUAGUUGCCCUCAAUCCUGCCACCUUGCUUCCUCUACCAGAGGAGGCAGAACAGCAUGACUGCCUACAAAUCCUCGCAGAAGUACAUAGAACCAGGCCGGACCUAUCGGACCAGCCUCUUCAGAAUGCUGACCACACAUGGUACACAGAUGGCAGCAGCUUCUUGGCAGAGGGAGAACAAAAGGCUGGAGCUGCGGUCACUACAGAGGACAAAGUGAUUUGGGCGAAAGCCCUGCCUGCUGGUACCUCCGCACAACGGGCUGAACUCAUCGCCUUGACUCAGGCGCUCAAGAUGGCAAAAGGUAAGAGGCUAAAUAUAUAUACAGACAGCCGUUAUGCCUUUGCCACGGCACACAUCCACGGGGAGAUCUACCGGAGGCGGGGGCUGCUCACAUCUGAGGGUAAAGAUAUGGCUAAAAUUCUGGCCCUCUUAGAAGCCCUAUUCUUGCCCAAAAGACUGAGUAUUAUACAUUGUCCAGGACACCAGAAAGGACACAACCCAGAGACACGAGGAAACCGGCUGGCCGAUGCCACGGCGCGAGAAGCGGCCAUGAACAAACAAAUCUUGCCCUUAAAUAGCCCAGACCAACCCACGCCCCCACCAGUGGGACAAACUAGUUGGGUUUAUGCCCAUGAGGACAUAGAGCUCCUAGAAAAAAAUGGGGGCCAUCUACCACCCUCAACUAAAACAGUGGGUCUACAAAGGACUUUUGAAUUGAUCUCCUUUUUACAUAAGAAGAUAAAAACCUUACUAGAUCGAGAAGAGAUAAAUCUGUGUUUUUUUAAAUCGGGACAAAGCGAUACAAAAGGUGACUGAGAGUUACAAAGCGUGCGCUCAGGUUAACCCGGAAAGGACCAUGAUUGGACAAGGAGUUCGUCCUAGGGGACACCGUCCCGACAUCCAUUGGGAAAUUGAUUUUACUGAAAUUAAACCAGGUAUAUAUGGAUACAAGUAUCUCCUAGUGUUUAUAGACACCUUCUCAGGAUGGGUCGAAGCCUUCCCCACAAAGCACGAGACUACAAAAAUGGUCACCAAGAAGCUCCUCGAGAAAAUCUUUCCCAGGUAUGACAUGCCUCAAGCGUUGGGGUUGGACAACGGGCCCGCUUUCGUCUCCCAAGUAAGUCAGUUGGUGGCCAAAUUGCUGGGGAUUGAUUGAAAAUUACAUUGUGCCUAUAGACCCCAGAGUUCAGGUCAGGUAGAACACAUAAAUAGAACAAUUAAGGAGACUUUAUCCAAACUUACGCUUACAACUGGCUCAAAGGAUUGGGUGGCCCUCCUUCCCCUAGUUCUAUAUCGGGCCCGGAAUACCCCGGGCCCCCAUGGUCUAACUCCUUUUGAAAUAAUAUAUGGAACACCACCCCCAUUUGUCCAUUUCUUUGAUUCAAACAUUGCUGAUUUUGCUGACAGCCCUUCUCUGAGGGCCCAUUUACAGGCCCUACAGAUUGUGCAGAGAGACGUCUGGAGACCUUUGGCCACUGCUUACCAGGACAAGCUUGAGCAUCCGGUGGUGCCACACCCGUUCCAGAUUGGAGACACCGUGUGGGUGCACAGACACCAGACCAAGAAUCUCAAGCCACGGUGAAAAGGACCCUACACCGUCCUCCUGACUACCCCGACCGCCCUAAAGGUAGACAGAGUCUCGGCUUAGAUCCACACACCACACGUCAAGGCAGUCCGGUCUGAGGAAUUGACUAAUAACAACACUACACCCCAGACAUGGAGAGUUCAGCGCACUCCAAACCCCUUAAAGUUAAAACUCCUACGUGGCUCCUCCUAGCCCUUUUGUGGCCUAGAGUCAGUGAGGGAAUAAGCCCCCACCAGACAGAAAUUUCUUGACCAAGUCGAGUGAAAGAUUUCACUCAAAGUUAGCAAAAAAAAAAAUGGGGGAAUGAAAGACCCCAGCUUAACAGCAGUAACGCCAUUUUGCAAGGCUGUACUUAAGAUGACUGGUUCAGGGAAAGGUUAGAACACUGAGUACACAGCGGCUGCCAAGCAAGAUAUGUUUGGUUGAAGGCCUGGCAACAGGACGACUUCGGUUGAGCACCUGACAAUGAAAAAAAGCCCCAGGAGAGGUCCCACACCCUGGUGGGGGGCCGAGUCAGUCGUUAUGUUCCAAGAAGGUAGCUAAGAAACUUGCCCCCGGGCUGAACCCUUGGGGGGCCGAGUCAGCCCUUAUGUUUCAGGAAGGUAGCUAGGAAACUUGCCCCCGGGCUAAACCCUUGCCAUAUUAGAAUCCACCAAUUAUAUCCCUGUAACCAUGCAUCUGCUUCUGUAUGCUUGCUUCUGCUCCCCAAAAUCCUAUAAAAGCCCAUCCUUGGUUCCGUGGGGCGCGCCAGUCCCCCGAGUGACUGAAGCGCCCGCAGGUGCCUGUGCCUGUGUAUCCCGACAAUAAACCAAAUCCUCUUGCUGAUUGCA